AAGGCGGCUGAGAUUGGCAGAGUGAAAUAUUGCAGCUGAGCGAGCGCAUCAGGGCACUCGACUUCUUCCCAUCACCUAUCCACCUCCCGACUCCAACCAGGACCACUGGCAUCGGCCACCUCCUGGAUUGCUACGCUGCACUGCCGCAAAGCUACUGGGCAGUAACCCCUACAGUGCAUUGCAGAGACCCUCCCCUCUCUUCCUUUUCCAGCCAGAGCUACCGCAGACUGAUUGCACCCUCUCUCCCCUGCUGUUCCUCCCAUGCAAAGCAGAUCCUUGCUGCUCCAGCUUCGUCCCCUUCUGGAGGGCUGCUGCCAUCUAGUCAUCCAAAGAUUUCGUCGCCAGGUGCCGGGAACCCCAACUCUGAGUGUGCUAGGCUGGGGGAUUCCCCGCCGUCAGCCAGUGCGCAGUGGGUGAGGGCCACAGUCCGAAACUACAACUUGAGACACGGUCCUGUUUGAAUGAGAGCUGUCAGUUGGUGAAGACAUGACGACCACUCUGGACUCCAACAAUAACACAGGUGGAGUCAUCACCUACAUUGGUUCCAACGGCUCAUCUCCCAGCCGAACCAGCCCUGUUUCUCUCUGCAGUGAGAGCUCCAAUGGCAGUUUCCAGUCCCUGACCCAUGCCUUCCCCACCUACUUUCCACCCUCUCCCACUGGCUCCCUCAAUCAGGAUCCAGGUCGGCCUUUUGGGAGUGCCCCACCUGGCUUGAGGGAAGACCUCUCCCCCUCAUCCUCCUCCUCCUCUUCCUCCUCUUCCUCUGCUUCUUUCUAUAAUGGAGGCUCCCCUGGAGGACUGCAGGUGGCUAUGGAGGACAGCAGCAGAGUGUCCCCCAGCAAGAGUACCAGCAGCAUCACUAAGCUCAACGGCAUGGUGCUGCUUUGUAAGGUGUGUGGGGAUGUCGCCUCUGGCUUCCACUAUGGCGUCCACGCUUGUGAAGGCUGCAAGGGCUUCUUCCGACGAAGCAUUCAGCAGAAUAUCCAGUACAAAAAGUGCCUAAAGAACGAGAGUUGCUCCAUCAUCCGCAUCAACCGUAACCGCUGUCAGCAGUGCCGAUUCAAGAAAUGCCUGUCCGUGGGCAUGUCCCGAGAUGCUGUACGUUUUGGGCGGAUUCCAAAGAGAGAGAAGCAGAGGAUGCUUGCCGAGAUGCAAAGUGCCAUGAACCUGGCCAAUAACCAGCUGAGCACUCAGUGCCCGCCCGAGGCCUCUCCCGCCAGAAUCCCCGCAGCAGGCCCCCUGGGCUCCUCGCCACCCCCUGUCCCAGCUCCCUCCCCCCUGGUGGGCUUCUCCCAGUUCCCCCAACAGUUGACACCCCCUCGCUCUCCAAGCCCCGAGGCCAAGGUGGAGGAUGUGAUCUCCCAGGUGGCUCGAGCCCACAGAGAGAUCUUCACCUAUGCCCAUGACAAACUGGGCACCGCGCCCAACGGCAUGAACGCCAACCAGACGCCCGGCGGCCCCCCGGCAUCGACCCCCCCUCGCUGGGAGAGCCACUGCUGUCCCCCGGUACCUCCCGAUGACAACAACUCCGCUGCCGCCCAGCGCCACAACGAGGCCCGCAACGGCCUCCGUCCGGCUCCAGGCUCGUACCCGCCGCCCUGGCCGGCCGCCGCCCCCCACCACGGGUGCCACCAGCACAACAGCAACGGGCACCGCCUCUGCCCCACCCACAUGUACCAGGGCCCGGAGGCCGAAGCCCCCCCCGGCUGCCCCUGGCAGGACCGCUCCAAGAACAUCCUGCUGGCCUGCCCCAUGAACAUGUACCCCCACGGGCGCAGCGGGCGAAGCGUGCAGGAGAUCUGGGAGGACUUCUCCAUGAGCUUCACCCCCGCCGUGCGCGAAGUCGUGGAGUUUGCCAAGCACAUCCCGGGCUUCUGCGACCUCUCCCAGCACGACCAGGUCACCCUGCUCAAGGCCGGCACCUUCGAGGUGCUGAUGGUACGUUUCGCUUCACUGUUCAACGUGAAAGAGCAAACAGUCAUGUUCCUGAGCCGCACCACGUACAGCCUGCAGGAGCUGGGCGCCAUGGGCAUGGGCGACCUGCUCAGCGCCAUGUUCGACUUUAGCGAGAAGCUCAACUCCCUGGCCCUCACCGAGGAGGAGCUGGGCCUCUUCACCGCAGUGGUGCUCGUCUCGGCAGACCGGUCGGGCAUGGAGAACUCGGCCUCGGUGGAGCAGCUGCAGGAGACGCUGCUCCGGGCCCUGCGGGCGCUGGUCCUGAAGAACAGGCCCUCGGAGACCUCCCGCUUCACCAAGCUGCUGCUCAAGCUGCCCGACCUCCGGACCCUCAACAACAUGCAUUCCGAGAAGCUGCUUUCCUUCCGGGUGGACGCCCAGUGACCGCCGACCCGCCGGCCUCUCCUUGUACAGAACCGAACUCUGCCCUUCUCUCUCCUCGAAGAGACAAAGCACCACCUGCCCCAGAAUCUUAUUUAUAUUGUUAUAAAAUGUUCCUCCGAGCCGCCGCCCCGCCCCCGCCUCCUUGUACAUAGCCCCCCGCGGAACUGCCCCGGCCCCCGGCCUGUCCCCUCUCGAAUCAGUAGCUGACAUCUAUCCGA